AUGUCGGCUUUCGUGUCUAUCAGCCCUGUACGCGGCACCAUGGAACUUGUGUGGGGCUGCGUCUUUACAAUCAUCAUCUGCACUUGGAAUCUUCAGCAUCUUACGAUCCCUUCUCCCAACAAGUCCGCAUGGAGGGUUAUGGGCAACAAAGUCCUUUGGGCCUUUCUCACCAUGAUUGCCCCGGAAUUUGUGUGUAUGCUGUCGUUUGAUGAGCAUUAUUUUGCUCGCACACAAACUCGAAAGAUGCAGGAUCAUGGGUUUCCUUGGUGGACGACGAAACAUUCAUUCUUCGGCAUGAUGGGCGGAUACCUCUUGGAGUACCAGAAUAAGGGCAAAAUCAUCGUCGGAGCGGCAGAGAUCCGAUGGCUGGCAAGCUCAAGCUUGUUAGUUCUUCCAGAGGUUACGUGUCGGGAGAUCGACGGUCUGGCCCGUGAGAAAACCUUUCAAAAAGCAAUCGCUGCCGUACAACUUGUAUGGUUCGCUCUUCAAUGCAUUGGCCGUGCAGUGGAGCGGAUGGAGUUGGCUCUCUUUGAAGUCACAACGCUGUGCUUUGUCACCUACGCGGUUGUCACCUUGAUCUGCUGGUGGAAGAAGCCCAGUGGAGUCUCUUUACGGAGGACGAUCUCAUGCCCCUCAAUCAGCGUCCAAGAUAUCGACAGAAUGCUCGAUAGCACAAAGGGCGACAGGCGUUUGCUGAUGCAGAAAUUGCAUAUACGCCAAUUUAACGUUGCAAGUGACCACCUAACUUACUUUUGGUUUUUUAUACUGUGGCUUCUGGCCGGAGGGAUUGGGGCAUGGCACCUUUCUGCGUGGAACUACUCGUUCCCUACCUCAGCUGAGAGCACACUGUGGAGAGUGUCGAGCAUUGUUGCGACCAUCGGUCCCACCAUCCUCUUGUUCCUCGUUAUUACAGACAACCGAGUUUUAGACUGGGUUCUCUCCUUGCUUAUAGCCGUCUAUGUUGCUGCAAGAUUAUUCCUGCUUGUCGAAACGAUCAUAUCGUUGCGGUCAGCGCCAGCAGGGAUCUACCAGCGUGUUAGGUGGAGUGAUGCCAUCCCUCAUUUCUGA